AUGCAAUUGAACCGGAUUCCCAUCAUUUUCGCUAUCUUCUGUGCUAUCGCCGUCAUGGCGCUAGGCGACACAACCAAGGCUCCUCUGGCAUCCACGGUGAAGGCAGAUCAGGCGAAGACGAACAAACCGGGGACUAUUACUACGACGACCGCAAAAAUGGCCAUAAAGGGCGCUCGAGGUGGCCAGAAAUACCCUAAACAAAACCCUAAACAAUAUCCAAAACCUUAUCCUAAACCUUAUCCUAAACCUUAUCCUCAACCUUAUGCUCAAUAG